AGCCAUGGCCAGGCCUAGGCUGUUUCUGCUCCUGCUACUGACUCUGCCACUGCAGCCCUUGUCACUGCCAUGGCCAGACACCACACACGGUGCCAUCGCAGGCCUGAUCCUGUCUGCGCUGGAGAGAGCCACUUCAUUCUUAGAGCACAGGCUGCCUGAAAUCAACCUGGAUGGUGCGGUGGGAUUUCAGGUUCUAGAAGUGCAACUCAGAGGUGUUCAAAGUAAGUGGGCACCUGAUGCCCUGCUGCAGCCACUCAGCUUGCGUGCUGGGCAACUGGCCGACAAGCUGUUGGACCUCCUUCGGAGAUCCAUCUACUAUCUGGAGCAGAGUGACCCCGUGUACCUAAGAGAGUUCCAGCCAAGCAUUCAGCAGGGCUUUUGGAAGCUGCCUCAGGCCUGGACGCGUACCAACACCUCCUUGGUCUACCACUGGCUGGAGCUCCUGGACUCAUUUUCAGAGGAAAGUAGUGAUGCAUGCCUGGUGCAGCUGCUGGGGACCGGGACCGACGGUGACCAGCCCUGCAGGCUCUCAGACUUUUGCAAAGCACUCAUGACCAAGCCCAGAUGCUCAGGAUACAGCCUGUCCCACCAACUGCUCUUCUUCCUCUGGGCACGAAUGCAAGGAUGCACACAGGGACUGUUCCGCCAGAGCCAACACUACAUCAACCUCUUCUGUGCCAACAUGAUGGACCUGAACCAGAGAGCCGAGGCCACUGGGCUCUCCUAUCCCGCCCAGGAUCUCUUCAUGGAGAACAUCAUGUUCUGUGGUAUGGCUGGCUUCUCUGAUUUCUACAAGCUCCGCUGGCUGGAAGCCAUUCUCAGCUGGCAGAACCCACAGGUGGGAUGCUUCGGGAAGCCUGCUGACAGGGAUGAAGAACCCCAGGAGGCCAUUCCACUUCGGCAGGGCAUUCUGCGAAGAGUGAGGCGGCGGGAAAAACUGUUCACAGCAGACGGCUGCUCCUGUCACAACACAGCCACUGCUGUGGCGGCACUGGGCGGCUUCCUCUACGUCCUGGCAGACUACCCCCCGCAAACGGAGAGCCACACUCGUCCACAGUCACUACGGGGCGGCCGCUGAGAUGCUGCUGGAGGAUGGCAGGCCCCUCACGGCUACUCCUUAGAUCCUGGAAGCUGGGGCCACCUGCCGGGCAGGAAGCAGCUGUGGUGGGAAGCAACCAGCCACAACACGGCAGCACAGACUGUGCCUGCCUGGAAGCCUGCAGGGAGCAGGAGGCGCU